AUGGCUACCCUAAUCUACCACGCAGUAAUCUUCGUACUUCUGAUCACGUUCACGCUCGCUCAAGUUCGCAUUCCUAUCACAAGGAAAAUUCAUGCUCCACAUCCUGCUCUCAAUCGUCGUCUCUCUGCCCGUGACUCCGUCUCUGCAUCUCUUGUCAACGAGUUGACACAAGCGAGCUAUGUAAUCUCCGUCAAAGUCGGAACUCCACCUCAGGAUGUUGAUUUGACUAUCGAUACAGGAAGCAGCGACACCUGGUUAGUCGCCAAUACUGCCGCCUCAUGUACUGGUGUUGGAUUAUCAGGGAAAAAUGGAUCUGCUCUAGUCUUGUGCGAGACACCAUACAACCCAAAUGCUUCUUCAACCGUCGAGUUGAACAUCACGACUGAUAAAUUCAAUAUCGAGUAUGUGAAUGGUGAUAAGGCCAAAGGACCUUAUAUAGCCGACACUCUUGUGCUCGGUAAUGCCACCAUUAAGUCUUUUCAGAUGGGUCUCGCCAACGACACAAACAUACAAACUGGAGUACUGGGACUUGGUUAUCCUAUCAACGAGGCCGCUGAUACCAUUUAUCCAAACAUCAUUGACGAGCUAGUCUUCCAAAAUCUCAUAAGUACCAGAGCGUAUAGUCUCUAUUUAGAUUCUCAAGACUCGGCUACUGGAUCCCUUCUUUUUGGUGCAGUCGAUACCACCAAGUUUGUCGGUGAACUAGUGGGCAUAGAUAUAGUACCCCAACCUAUCUGGAAUGGCUCGGUUCUCUAUUCAUCAUUGUCAGUUGAGCUUGCUGCAGUGGGCAUCACAGAUCAAGAAGGCAAUUCUGUAAACUUGACGACUUCUCGUCAAGUUGUACUUCUGGACUCUGGGAAUACGCUUACCAUAUUGCCAACUGAGGUUACGGAUGUCAUGUUCAAAAAAUUCAACGCCUACGAUGAUACAAACUCCACUGGCAAUGUCUACCUCCCUUGUUCACUGCUCAAUACCUCAUCUUCUUUAACAGUCGACUAUCUGUUCUCUUCCUCUUCCGCUUCUGCUAUUAUUAAGGUUCCUAUAUCAGAACUUGUGUUUCCACUUACAAAUCCGACUUACGCACUGUAUCCCGAGGAUACUCUCCCAGAUUUGCCAUUUAGCGGCGAAGCAUGUGCGUUUGGAAUACAAUCGACAAACGCGGACUAUCAUUUGCUUGGGGCUACCUUUUUGAGAAGUGCAGAUGUGGUCUACGACUUGGAUAAUAAUCAGAUUGGACUCGCGCAGGCCAACUUCAAGGAAAAUGAUGCGGGUGCCAGUUCAAGCAAUGAGAAUGGCAAUGAGCAUAUUGUCGAGUUGAAAGCAGGAAAAUCAAUUCCGGCUUUAACUGGCGUUAGUGUGACGAGUUCGGCGGAACCUAGCCCUACCAGUAGCGCUAGCAAGACUUCGAGUACUCCUGCUGACAUGGCAAAAGCUACAGCGACUGGAAAGUCUAGUGACGCUGUAUCUGCGUUAAGGAAUGUAGAUUUCAGAGUUCUUGGUAUAUUUGUGCUGGGAGGUUUAUUUUUGAAUGGAGCAGUCGUCGCAUGA